AUGUCGACCUCUUCCCCCGAGGACCAACAGCGGCUACCGGCCAGAACUGUCUGGUCUUCGCUGGUCGACAUGCGCUUCGAUGAACAGCGCGAUCUAGCAGAGACGGGCGCGCACGCGAUCACUUUACAGGAAGCCGAUGUCGAAUUGCAGGUCAUGCAGGAGUCCUUGUUGCUAGCGCGGAGGCGCAGGAACUCCAUGGCUAGCGUUCUACGGUUCCCUGAAGAGCUCCUUUGUCGGAUCUUCGGAUACCUUCAAGCUUCUUGGGAACCGGCACGAUGGAGAAUGUAUCAGGAAGAUGUUGAAGACUGGGAGGCUCGUAGUAGUGCGCUCACUCGCUACACGUCUGGAUGGAUGGCGGUCACACAUGUGUGCUCUACAUGGAGACAGACGUCUAUCAACGAUCCGGCACUUUGGUGCGCUGUCGACUGCCGACACGUUCAUCCAAGGAGUCUCGACACGAUUCUUGCUCGCGCCAAAGGACGGAUGCUUGACAUUACUUCGUCUCUUUAUGCCGACCCUUUUGAAAGUCGCAAUCGCGGCGCCGAGGUCUCGCUGAACGCCGCUACGUGUGCGCGCAUCGAGAAGCUUGACCUCUCCGUUAUUGGUUGGGAGUCAGAGAAUGAGGAUAUAGUGGCUCCCUUAUCCUCUGAACUUCCGAACCUCUUAGAGCUCAAGCUGUCAUUCCUGUCGGACGAACUUCCACCAGGCAACGUCUUGACAACAACGUACCCGCCUAAGCUCAUGCUGCUGGACGUCACUGACUAUCCGCCACCUCCGGAUUCAACCUUACUCUCUCAUACCUUAACGUCGCUCAAACUACGCUAUUCGUCAGCGGCCACAUAUACUCUAACGAUAACACACCUCUCACAAAUCCUAUCAGUACUACCCAAUCUUCAAACUUGUGGUUUGGAGAAUGUGCUAUGUGUAGGAUUGGAGGAUGAGGCACUCCAGCCGUUCUCGGUGCCCUCAUCUCUGCGCGUGCUUACCGUGGUUUCUUCAGCCAACGACGCGAUGGAAGUUCUCACUGGUCAUGCCGUGAUACCGUCUUCCGCCUCCGUCAUGAUCGAUCUCCACACUUGUGUAUCUCCAGACGCAGGCCUUCUGGUCGCGCGGAACCUGUUCGACGAAGCCAACUUAGACCAAACUCGAGCGCAAGAACUGAUUCUGAAGGACCGCUGUGUGCGCUUGUGCCCCUGGUAUCUGGACGGCUCCCAGGUCUGGGUCGGAUCGGACCUUCGCAGCCCAGAUUUCACCAUUGACACCGUAAACCCCAUCGGCUACCGCGUACUGCGAAUCACAGACAUCCCAAGUACCGGGUUCGAAGAAGUAGAAGAAACAGAUACCGUCGAGGAUAUCAGGCUCUAUCUACGAUAUCUCCCGCUGCAAUCAGUCACCGCCAUCGCAUUCGACAUCUUCCAUCGUAUUGGCACGGCCGACUCUUGGAUCGCAAACUUCUCUUCCGCGCGCAACGUCAUGCACAUCUACUGUAUGGUGGCAGACCGUGUCUCGGAUGAUUUCAUCGGGCUUUGCGCUGCUUUGGACAGCUUCGAUGGCCAAGAAUUCGCGCUUUUUCCUCGCUUGAAGACGAUCACGAUCAGCUUUGAAGGGCAGCCAUCCCUGUGCGAGCGUUCGCACCCGCACUUUGCCAUAGUUGCGCUCACGAGCGUCCUUAAAAGCAGGCGUCUCAACAAUGCACCCAUGCAAGAAGUGCAUGUGGAGAGAUUUCUCGAGUCUUUGUUGGAAGAGGAGUGGGAUGAGAUCCGCACGUUGGUUGAGUUGUCGUCUGUCCGUCAGGUUUAG